CUGCCAUAUUCUGACUUGCCUCCUACGAUGCACGGAAUAAAAGGCAGUGGCAAUUCCGCGGUAUCUUUCCCGCCACUUUCCCCGCCAUGACUCGCCCUGCACGCUGCUACCCACACGCUCCCUUUCCCCUCCAUCUCACCGACUGGGACAGCCUCGAUGUCGACGGAGACCCGUAUCUGGUUGACGCGCCGUGGCGCUAUUUCGAGCCGUUUCUACGGCUUCGCGGUUACGCUUUGUGCUGGAGGUACUACUCACGCGACUGCCCGGAGACACCUUUCCUCGGCAGGUCCUUCUACUAUCCGCCCGCCGCCGACCCUUUCCGGCCGCGCGACGGCGAGGCGUUCGUGCAGUUGGUGGACGUCCAGAGCGAGGAUGCGUAUCAGAGAUGCGGAGUGCACCAGACGACGGGAUGGCUCACACCGUGCCCGACUCUAAAAAUGGCGUAUGACACACAGAGCCGCGUGUGCGCCGUCAAGGCGCUGCAUAACGUCCGCAAUCGCGCGGAGAUCGACAUCAUCACCUUUUUGAACUCGCCGAAAGUGCGCGCGCUCCCCGAAAACCACACUAUUCCGGUCUUGGACAAGAUCGUGACCGACGACUGGACAUUCAUCGUCAUGCCGCACUGGUCUCGGCCCGUGCAAACGAGCAUUCUCUGGGAGGUCGAAGAUUAUUUUAACCGGCUCAUCCAGGCACUCGAGGGACUCGCCUUCUUGCACCGGCACGGCAUCAUCCACCGCGACAUCUCAGUCGGGAACCUGCUUCUCAACAUCCACUGCGGUAAUCCGGGAGUGUAUUCAUGCUUCGUGCGUCGGCGAAUCGCGCUGGCGUAUAUCGAUUUUGGCUGUGCAGUACGCUUUCCGGCGGGCUCGGACCCGGAUACGUGGAUGGGAACCGGCCACUGGGGCACAAUGGAUCAUGCUGCACCUGAGGUGCCACGCGCAAAUGAACCGGAUGCAGGAAGGCCGUACCACUUGGCUCCGGUUGACGUCUACGCCGUCGGCUCUGUUUUCCUUCGAGCACACUCCUGGGAGGAGAGCUACUGCAGCACAUUUGGGAACCCUCAAGGCCGGGAAACCGCCGCUCACCAGGUUCUCUCCACCUUCGUCCCCGGCUACCUCGCCCUCUUGAACAAGCUGACGGCCCGUGAUCCGAGUCACCGACCAACAGCGAUCGCCGCUCUUCGGGAAGCACGGGCCAUCCGCGACGCGCUUCCGCUCGAGCUUCGUUUUGCACCGAACGGGUAUCCUAGUAUAGAGCACAUGAACGGGUAUCAACGCCCCUGUGGUGCAAAACUGCACAGAUAGUAGAACUCAGUCUCCGAUUUCGGCGUACAAAGUAGUUCAUCCAGACACUGUAUCAAUAGUCAUCCCCUUUCCCCGGCAUCCACUCAUGA